CUGAGGUCUUUCCGUUUGUUUCCUUGAGUCUCGUGGCCGGCGUGAAGAGGGAGGAAGUUGUAUCUCUGGAGAAGGAACCUCUCAGGCCUGGGGAUGGCGAAUGGGACCUGCUUCUCUCGGAGGUCCUGAGGAGACCCUCCGGGGAUGGUCCCUGGAGCUUGUGGGCUAUUCCCCUUAAACAGAUGACUUCAAUAUGGAAUGAUCAGGUGCUGUGGCAGACAGAGGUGCUUAUAGCUCAGCCUGGGGGAGAGGAGGAGCUGAUCAUCAAGGUGUCCUGCAGAAGAUGGUCCCUGGGCCGCAUCCUGGAGGAUGCCUACAUGCAAAGACAAAGAGGUUCUCCUUCUGCAUAUACAUGAGAGAUUCCCUAGUGUACCUACCUAUGAAUGAAAUUGUUGGAUCAGAAGGAAUUUCCUCACAUGGCCGCUGAAGAAGUGACCAUUACAGUUCGCCUCAUUCGUUCAUUUGAGCAUCGCAAUUUCAAACCUGUAGUGUAUCAUGGCGUUAAUUUGGAUCAAACUGUAAAGGAAUUUAUAGGAUUUCUAAAGCAAGAUAUCCCUUUAAGGAUGAGCCUGCCACCACCAUUCAGAAAUUAUACAUAUGAUAAACUAAAGAUUAUUCAUCAAGCACAUAAAUCAAAGACAAAUGAACUUGUGUUGAGUUUGGAAGAUGACGACAAACUCCUGCUAAAAGAAGACAGCACUCUGAAAGCAGCUGGAAUUGCUGGUGAAACUGAAAUAGCAUUCUUCUGUGAAGAAGAUUAUGAGAAGUACAAAGCUAAUCCCAUUUCAUCCUGGUGAAAAUGUCAGGGGCCUCCUUUUUGCAUACCUGUAUUAAGCUCUUUAUUCCACUAGUGAGUUUUUGAAAUUGACAAAUAAAUCUUAAAAAAAUUAAUCCCAGGCUCUACUGUUUGAGCUAAAAUCUAGUGAUUUCUCUCUGCAGUUCUCUUCUUUCCUUUCUUUCUUGUUUUGUGUUGUAAAAUAAUAUAAGAAAAACAUGAUUUUUUAAAGUGAAAUUGUUAU